CAUUGCGCAGACACAUGUCUAAAGAAACAACAGCAGCACUGUUAGCCUAGAGAAGAGUGAUGUGGAAGAUGCAGGGGCCGCGUAGCAUCUUCCUGCUCGCCUUCACGGUGGCUGUUGCCAUCCCUGUCUCUUUGGCUUUCAACAUCGAUAUAACAAAUCCUGAAGUCUAUAAUGGUUCGCAAAAAGAUUUCUUUGGCUACAAAGUGCUCCAAUUCAUGUCUGGCACAGACAAAGGGCUUCUGGUCACGGCACCAUUAUGGCAAAAUGGAUCUGGGGGAAUAAUCAAACCUCACCAAAACACCUCACAGUGGUUCAAACCUCAAGUAGAUUCUCUCGAAGACGCAUCGAUCAAACACCUUGGUUUGUCGAUAGCUGUAGACGCCACACACUCCCAAUUCACUGUCUGCAGCCCAAGUGUGGUCCAUGAAUGUUAUGAGAACUCCUAUCUGAACAGCGUGUGUUACAACAUCACACAAGAUCUUCAGCAAACCUCCUAUUUCAGACCUGCUUUCCAAGAAUGCACAAAAAAGACAGUGGAUCUUGUCUUUCUAUUUGAUGGAUCAGGAAGUAUGACAGAAACAGAGUUCAACAAAAAUAAAGAUUUCAUAGUGGAUAUAAUGGACAGCCUUACAAGCACAUCAGUCAAGUUUGCAGCAGUUCAGUUCUCGUUUGAUUACAGGAUGGUUUUUAACUUCAAUGACUUUAAUGAAGGCAGAGCUCUCAGUAAACUUAUGAAAGAACCCCAUAUGAAAAGUCUCACCAACACACACAAAGCUCUCAAAUUUGUGUUGGAGGAAAUCUUUGACAACCCAGAUGCAGGUGCUUCUCCUGACGCAACUAAAGUUCUGGUACUAAUCACAGAUGGAGAUCCCAGUGAUACAGACAAUUAUGGGAUUAUUAAAAGAUAUAAUGAAAAACAUGUCAUUCGCUUUGUCAUUGGGGUCAAAGCUGCUAAGCUGGAUAAAUUUACAAACAUUGCUUCAGAUCCAACCGACAAAUAUGCUUUUCAAAUUGAGAACUACGACGGACUCACAGGAAUACUAGAAAACUUUCAGAAAAAGAUCUUCACAAUGGAAGGCACCAAAGUGGCUCGGGCGGGAGAACUGACAAAUGAAAUGUCUCAGAGUGGAUUCAGUGCUGUCUUCUACAAGGACACCUUGAUCCUGGGUUCAGUUGGAACAAAAACCUGGCGUGGUUCUCUCGAAGAGGUUCAAGGACAAAAACAAACACAAAUUGACGAUCCACACAUGCAGAUGGACUCCUACAUGGGAUACUCUAUUUCUGUUGGAGAGAAGAGUAACUCUCCUCUAUAUUUCACGGGUGCACCAAGAUUUAACCACACGGGACAGGUCGUACUUUUCAGAAAAGAAAACAAGAACUGGAUUGCAGCCCAAAGACUAAAUGGAGACCAGAUUGGUUCCUACUUUGGUGCAGAGCUGUGCUCAGUAGAUGUCAACUCAGAUGGUAACACUGACUUCCUUCUGGUGGGAGCUCCCCUGUUUUACCAGCCUCAGGUGAAGAGAGAAGGCCAGAUCUACGUCUAUACACUGACUGAUGAGAUGCAACUGAGAAGUGAACUGAAUGUGACCGCACCUUCCAUGGGGAGAUUUGGCACCACCAUAUCCAGUCUUGCAGAUCUGAACGGAGAUGGACUCCGAGACGUCGCUGUUGGAGCCCCACUAGAGGAUGAUAACAGUGGGGCUGUUUACAUCUACCUUGGCAACAGACACCGAGGGAUACGCAGUCAUUUCAGCCAGAGAAUCAUGGGAAAGAAAGUGGAGCCUUGGAUGAGAUUCUUUGGACAGGCAAUUGAUGGGGACAUCGACCUUGGAGAGGACGGACUCCCAGAUAUUGCGGUCGGAUCACAGGGCAUGGCUGUUGUCUUGAGGUCCAGGCCUGUCUUCAAUGUUACGGCACAUCUGUCUUUUCACCCUAAGCAGAUAAGCACUGAUAAAAUUGUCUGCCCAAGCACAAAUGAAGAUUUACCAUCGACAGAGGUUGACUUAACUGUCUGCUUUGAAAUGGUAGAAGUAACAAAGAUCAAACCAGGGGUAAUGACGCCAGAACCUAAUAUCUCAUACACGCUCUGCGUGGAUCCAACGAGACAAACACAUCGAGGUCAAAUAGACAACAAAGCUUGGAUUCUUUCCGCUACCCAUAACCCGAGGGAUGAAGACAAAUGCAUCAACCACACCAUCUACAUGCCAAAAUGUGUGAAAGACACAUUAUCACCUAUCAUCAUCAAAUUAAACUUUUCCCAAGAUGACAAUGGGGGCAAAAGUGGCAUCCUGAAUGUGGACAGCAAAAGGCAGGCUGUUGUUGAGGUUCCAUUUGAAAAGACAUGUAGACUGAAUGAUACCUGUAUCGCUGAACUUGAGGUGGAUUUCAUGGCCACAAAAUUAUUGGUGGCAGAAGAUAACUUCUUCAUCCUGGAUGUAAAUCUGACUAAUCGUGGUGAUGACUCAUACAACACCAGCCUUACGAUGCACUAUCCUCCAGGCCUCUCCUUCUCUAGGAUGACUAUUGUAAAGAACACAAGACCAGCGGUCCUCAGCUGUCAUGAUCUAGAUGAGAUAUUCGACAAAACUGUAUGUGGUGUCAGCCUUCCUGUGUUCCACAGCGGAUCAGCUGCAACAUUUCGCGCUUCUUUCCGGCUCAUGAAUAACUAUAAGUGGAAUGACACAAUUUCGAUUACCAUUACUGGAGAAAGUGAAAAUGCAAACUCCACCACCAGUUCCGUGACCAAAAGCAUCCCAGUACAUUUUGAAAUAAAAAUGCAACUGACAGUGAGCGACGACACCAUCACCUAUCUGAACUUCACCACAGAGGAUUCUGAACCUAAAAAAAUGAUCGCCAUAUAUAAGGUAGAAAAUCUUGGUAUUAACGCUUUUCCUGUCAACGUGUCCCUGUUCUUCCCAACUAAACUGGAAUAUGACUUUGAAAUGAAGAACUAUCAAGUCUUUGUCCAGCAGAACAAAACUCAAUGCACAGACAUUCAUGACAAGGAAUCUGAAUACUGCUCACAAAACCAAUCCUGCAAAAUGAUCGUGUGUGACAGUUUCAUCCUUGACAAAGAAUCAUCCACUGAGUUUGUAUUGUUAGGAGAAGUACAAUUUAGGAAUCUCAAAGAGCGUGCAGCGAAUAUAGCCUUUCUUAAACAAUAUACCGGAUUCGGUGCAGUGGUUAAAUUUAAAAGCUUUAUACACGUUGACUAUGACAAGAAACGGUAUGUUCAAGAGGUGAAGUCUGAUGAAAGUGGCUUACGGAAAUACAAUGAUACAACAAAUAAAGGGACUGAAGUUCGGAUUGACCUCAUAAUUCACCAGAAUGUACCGCUGAUCAAUGCAACUGGAUCUGUACUGGGAUUCUUACUUCUGGUCAUAAUCGCACUCAUCAUGUUUAAGUUGGGCUGCUUUAAGAGGAAAGAGAUGGGCAAUAAUGACGAAGAGGAGGAAGAAGAGCAUUGCAUGUUUACUGAAUCCACCCCCGUCAACGCGGUAGUCAACGAAUCAGAGACUGACUGCGAAGAGAAAGAAUUUCUUCAAGCAACAACAGAACUGCAGCCUAAUGAUACAAAGGAGGAACUGGAAUAAACUAUGAAAGUACCACUAUGGAAGUGGGCUGACAUAUUAUGCUCACGUUCUAAAUAAAUUCUGUCCAUUAAAUAUGAAAUUGGAUCCACGAGCUGAUAAGCUUAGCUUAGCAUAAAGACUGGUAUGGGACACUAGCCCUAACAGAAUCCACCUACCAGCCCCUUUAAAGCUCACUUUUUAUCACACGUUAUAUCUUGUUUCUUUGAAGGGGCUACAUGUAGUUUUUUAAAUGAAAUUAUUCGUUUUUUUAUUGUCUGUGCGUGAAGGAGUGGAAACCUCACAUAAAAACGAUCCACUUGCGGGAUUCUUCUAUUACCUCUGACGGCCAGUAUGCCUAAUCCUAUGUGAAGACUCUGGAUGGCAUUUUAGGUGCAUGCGCGCUCCCAAGCCUCUUGCCUGCUGCAACUGAACUGUACACACAGCUAGAGGUGGAAGAACUACUCAUAUAUUCAUACUUAAGUAAAAGUACAGAUACCACACAAAAAAUGUUACUCAAGUAAAAGUAAAAGUCAUCCAGUAUAAACCUACUCAAGUAAAAUCAAAAAACUACCUGGCUUUAAGUAAUGAAAAGUAAAAAGUACUACACAUUCAAAUUUAUUGAUCUUACAAAAAGCAACCUAUCUCUUUAAAUUCACUCCAGACAGGUUUGACACAGCGUAAGUUAUAGCAAAUCACAAUAAGGAAAAUUGAGUCGCAAGAGGACAAGUGGGGGGGAUUAGCCUAUUUUAUUGCUCUGCUGAUGUGGUAGUAUCCCCUUCAGACCGUCUGACAGACACAGAAACCUGUUUUGGACUUUGGGUAUGUGAGAAUGACAGAAGGAGGAAACCAAAACUAACUUAAAAUGCACUUGGGCUCAAGUAGAAAUCUCACCACAAAUCCAGAAAUGUUAACUUCAGCACCUCUCAUAAAGUGGACCUCACAGUCCCGCAUAGAGAAAAAAAAACUUUACCAGCUACUUUAUCACUUGGUCACAAACUGGCUGCGACUCACAGUGCAAAAACAGAGGUGCUGCAGAGUCACACCUGACACCUUCACCUGGAUCUGUGUGACCUGCUAAAGACGUCUGGACUGGGUCUGUGCUGGUACUGGCUGAGGCUGGACGUGGAUCCAGAGUUGUAACUAAACUUGUUUUUAAGUGAUGGACGAGGAGUGCCAUCAGGGGCACCUGCGUAUGAAUGCAUUUCCACAUGCAACACGGUUAUCUUUUCUGAGCUAAAGUUUAUAAACACUGUAACCCGUCUGCGUUUAUCAAACGUAAUAAAUAGUUUCAUUUUACUCAAAUAUUGUUCAGCCACAGUCUGGCAAGAAACCAAGACCCAAGAGCUGCGCUGCUUAGCUGGUUAGCAGGACAGACAGACAGAGAUUCACUGCAGCUGCACAUUAACAUUACUGUUACCAGCUGCAUCAGAAUUAGAGAGGAGAGAACACAAGUUUAUGCUGUUCCUGCAGUUCACCCUCAUUGCGUUUUUUCACUUCUCGUUCCUAGAAGGAUACUCCCUCUUCACUCGCGGGGCCAUCCAGCUCUGCAAGAGAGUGACUUGGUUACUAUCACUGUGUAUCCCGGUGUCGCAUCAGCUGGGUGAAGUUGAUUCAUGCCGAUUUCAGUUGUUAUUUGUUGAUAUUUGGCUUAGAAAUGUAGUGAAGUGAAAAUAAAAAGAUGCAACAACUAAAAAUACUCAAGAAAAGUACAAAUACAGAAAAAAAACUACUUAAGUACAGUAACUAACCCAAGCUAACGACAUGGAGUCCGCUAAGACAACAACCCUUUUUAAAGGUGAUUAUGUGGAGCAGAUCACAGAGCGUAGGGCCUCUCACAUCUGGCAUCUGCCAGAAUUGCCAGAUGGCCAAUCCGGGCCUGACAAGCUUGGAGUAGUUCAACCUCAAGUUGAUAAAAAUGUUACUGUGUUACGUUGCAGUGGGAGUUUACCUGAGUUUCCAGCACUUUGUAUGAUGUCGAUCACGCAUACGAGCACAUACCUGGUUACAAUCUAAAAACCGCAACGGUAGAGGCGGCAGAAAACUAGUCCCUUUAAUCCACACAAAAACCACCAACCAAUUGCAAGUUUGGUUUUAAGGAGGGCUGCGUUACAGGCUAUUCUGCUGCUGUUUUUGGCUUGACUGCUGCAAAGUGUGUUUACAAUUGAUUACAAUUCUUUGGCACUGAGGGUAAAGGAAAGCGUGCGGCCAUAUUUAGUAAAGUAUUCUCCCUGGUGUUUCGGGAGAAUAAUGCAAUGGAAGGAUGGAGAUACAUAUUGAUAAAGUAGCUAAAUCUCUUAUCCAUGUUUAUUAUUAAUGCAUGUUUUCAUCGUAAUAUACAAAAACAUUGCUACUACACAGUCUUUAAAUAUUUCUGAUCUUCUGCGUGGUAUUUAUUGAGCUCAGGUUCUUCUUGUAUUAUAGUUGAGUGCUUGUGACGAUGUAUAACGUUUUUGUUAUAAUCAUUUGAGUGAAUGCAGUGGUACAUUUGAUGCAUUGUUUACUGACUAGUGAUCUUGCAAAACAUUGUCUUUGCAGCAGUCCUUGGUUGUGAGUAGUUUUUAAGGAACAGGUUUGCUUCUUCAAGCCUGAAAUGGAGUCACCUAUAAGUGGUGCUUCAAUGAUGAAGGUCGACAUUAAUCUGUCUCCUUGUCCCCCUCUGACUCAAAAUAACGCCACAAAUGAGUUUUGUUCAUCAAUGCCUCUAUUUUUGCUCUGUAAAAAUAUGACAACAGGGUUUGGUUUAUUCUGAUCAAUGUUGCUGUGGUGACAUUUGACUAAGACAGUGGUUUACUUGUAACAUGGGUGGAUAUUAAAUUAGUUACUGAUUGACAUUCUAAAAAUAAGUAAAUUUCUUUCUAAACGACUGCUUGCGAGUGCACAUAUACACAAGAGGCCUUAUUUGAAGAUCCAGUGUGUAAUAUUUAGAUGGCUCUAUUGACAGUAAUGCAAUAUAAUAUUCAUAACAGUGUUUUCAGUGGUGUAUAAAGACCUUACAUAGUGAAUCUUUAUGUUUUUACUACCUUAGAAUGAGCAUUUAUAUCUACAUAUACCCUUACAUGGAAGUCGGCAUGUUGCAGCGUCAUGUUUCUGCAGUGUCAUGUUUCUGCAGUAGCCCAAAAAAACAAAAGAUAAGGAUUAGAAGAUGAAGUUGUAUUAGUAGUAGUAGUCAUCUGGGUUGUUAGAAGUAAGAAAAUAUGUUAAAAUUGGACAAAGUGAGGAUCACACAGUAUGCAUGUAAUGGUGAGGAUUACUUGUAACUCUGGAACCCAGGAGGAUUAAUUUGUUGGAAACAAUUUGUUCCUCCUUGAGAUCAGAUUUUGUGUAAACAGAAACAGUAUUAUGAACAUACCUUCCAUUGUAAUUUCUGGCCUUCUGUUGUUUGUGAAUAUAUAAUUUGCUUAUUCAUGCAGUGUUGUGUGUUAAUUUUGUUACAUGUUUUUUGCUCUCUCAAUUAAAGCACUUUGUCCAUCGUG